AUGACGAAGAGCGCCGUCCGGCUGCUUUGCAGUGAGCUAGCCCACUUGCUGGAGCCGCUGACCGCGGCGGGCCUGAGCGUUGAGGACCCAGUCCUCUGCACUCUCAGGUUCUUUGAAACUGGCAGCUUCCAGUCGUCAGUCGGCAGUGAGGCGACCAUCGACAUGUCCCAGCCAUCUGUAAGCCGCUGUAUCGCAAAAGUCGCGUGGGCCAUUGUUCAGGUUGGCAAGGAGCAAGGAUGGGUGGCCUUCCCACGCACCGCCAGCGAGCGAGCUGCAAUUACGCAAGGGUUCUUGCAGCGCGGCAGGCUCGGCGGCGUGAUUGGGUGCGUGGAUGGCACGUUCAUCGCCAUCGUCGCCCCGAACCUGCCUCCUGCGCAGAAGGCAACGUAUUGGUGCCGGAAGGGUUAUUACGCACUCAAUGCAAUGGUGGUGUGUGACUCGGACUUGAGGGUCCUUCACGUUGACCCGCGAUUCGAUGGGUCGUGCCACGACGCGCACGUGUGGCGGCACGCGUCGCUUCGCCGGCGCAUUGCCAGCGGCCACAUUGCCGUCCAAGACAGAGAGUACCUUUUCGAUGAGUAG